GUGGAUGUACCAGACUUAACUAUUCAACCCGAACUGCCCCAGCUGCCCCUCCAAAGAUAAUUUAGUUCAGAUGUUCCAGCUUCAAAAUGGGUCUCAGGUCCAAGACAGCUUCUUUUCCUUAACUUACAUCUCCUUUCAUUUCAUUUUUGGGGGUAUUCUGUAUACCUGGCCUUGCUAUCGAAACAUACUACCUUAAUAUCAUCAUUAUCAAUUAAUUAAACACCUACAGGAGCUUGACUGAGCUUGAAUGUAGUUAUUGAAUUAUUUUCGUUUCUUUUCUUCUUCUUAGUCUUACUACCUAGUAACCUACCUACCUGCAUGAUACCUAUUUACGCCGAGCACGUACUAUCCUCCUUUGACAUCAUACCAAACUCCUAGCGCAUUAAAUCCGGUCGAGUAUCACAAGCACCAAGCACGACGCACCUAAAGCUGAAGAGGGGGUUACUGGUACAGCUGGUACUUCGCCAAAAUACCGAGCAACUUCCAAGACGGGACCAAGCAAAACGUCACCCACGUUUGCACUUUCCCGCUCUUGUCCCUUGAAUUCGCCCUCCCUAAUUAUAAUUUAAUCCUUCUUAGCCUACUUACUCCGAAUCUCCUCCUCUUCCACCAUGGUCCGUAUUAUACCUCAAAGACUAAAAACCAAAACCACAAACUCUACCGCCAAUUCUACCACCAAUAGUCGCAGCAGCAGUCCCAUGCCGCCAAAAACCGAUACCAAUGUCUCGGAGGGUCGAAAGGAUACGGGCUUGGUCCUAAAGAUAGUUGUGCUUCGAGCGAGAAACCUAGCAGCAAAAGAUCGCGGGGGCACAUCCGAUCCGUAUCUCCAACUAACAUGCGGUGAAACCAAAUUCGUCACUCAUCAUGUCCCGAAAACGCUGAACCCGGAAUGGAACGUUGCCUGCACCGUCCCUGUCACUGGUACCGACAACUUACUUCUUGAUUGUAUCUGUUGGGACAAGGAUAGGUUUGGUAAGGACUACCUCGGCGAGUUCGAGUUGGCUCUCGAGGAGAUCUUCUCCAACGAAAAGACCGAACAGGAGCCAAAAUGGUAUCCCCUCAAGAGCAAGAAACGAGGAAAGAAGUCGAACAAUGUGUCCGGGGAGGUUCUGCUUCAGUGCACGAUAUUUGAUUCCACUAACAAGGAUGCGACGGAUCUUCAAAUCUUGGAAAAGCUUCGUUCGCUUGCCACCACUCUACCCGAAACCUCAUCCCGCAAUCCCACUCCCAAUAGGACACCGACACUUGGCCCGACCUCUACACCCAGGUUAGAAUCAAACUCAUCGACCCAGUCGAGCAGAACCUCCCCGGAGGGAUCUCAGGAUGACGAGGACGAUGACGACGUUCUGGAUGAGGAUGAAGAUGGAGAUCCGAACAAACCCGAGAACAUAGAGAAGAGGAAGAGGAAGCUUAGGAUCAAGGGCUUGAAGCGUAAAAAGAGACAAAACCCUUACGAGUUUAUCAACGGAGGCAGUGACGUAGUUGGACUUAUCUUCCUCGAAAUCUGCAACAUUAACGAUCUUCCUCCCGAAUCUAACUUCACGAAAACUAGCUUCGAUAUGGAUCCUUUCGUUGUUGCGUCCCUAGGGAAAAAGACAUAUCGUACCCGAGUCGUUCGUCAUAAUCUAAACCCGGUAUUCAAUGAGAAGAUGCUCUUCCAUGUCCUGGGUCGCGAGCGGACAUAUUCCUUUUCUUUCACGGUCAUAGAUCGCGACAAGAUCUCGGGGAACGACUUCAUUGCUUCUACCUCGUUCCCUGUGCAGGAAUUGAUCGACAGGAGUCCUAAAGCCAAUCCUGAGACUGGCCUAUAUGAUUUGAAGGAACCUGCCGAGUACGUUCGGGAAAAGAAAUCACGGCUCGCAAGGUUAGGCAUGUCGAGAUCAUCUUCUACUCAGAGUUUGUCCAAGGGCCGUCCCGUGUUGCCAAAGAACUCUAGUGCGAUUUCAGCAUUGUCUACGGCCGAAGGACAAGUGGAUAUGAAGGCUGCCCCUACGUCCGCCCCGAACUCCGCGUCACUGACGCCUGAUCAAGUGGCCAGCGUGAACAAUGGCAACGGAAAUUCCAACGGUAACAGCAACGGCAACGGCAACAACGAGAACAAUGACUAUGCCGACGAUCCCGAUUUUAACGUGUUCACAAUUCCAUUGAAGAUGAAGAAUUUGGAAAAAUGGGAAGCCAAACAUAGCCCAAUGUUGACUUUCCGCGCCAAAUAUGUUCCGUAUACCGCCCUAAGGCAACAGUUCUGGCGCGCAAUGUUGCGACAAUAUGAUGCAGAUGAAAGUGGCGAGAUUAGCAAGGUUGAGUUAACCACUAUGCUCGAUACACUUGGUUCUACUCUGCAUGAGUCUACCAUCGAUAGUUUCUUCCAAAGAUUCCCGCACGAGGCGUCAAACGGCGAGCAGGAGAUUACUAUGGAUGAAGCCGUCAUCUGCCUAGAGGAUCAGUUAGAAGCUAAGAACAAACCGCCUCUAGUGACCGACAGGUUGAAGAAUCUAGUACCUGAUACAGAUAAGGUGAAGAAUCUCCUAACUACGUCAAGUCAAAGCAGCAGUGUCACGCCUUCAGAGGAAGGGACCUUCAUUCUUAGUUCAGAAGACUCAAGCGCUCAGGGGACCCCGUCAGCGACUCCAACUAUCGCGGUCCCUGAUCUUAGUACACCUGGAGAGGAAGGUGAAGCGUUGGAAAAGGACGACCUCAACACCGAACGCGGCGAGGAACAUGUGGUUGAAAUUCGAGAAUGUCCAAUCUGCCACCAGCCUCGGCUCAACAAGCGGAAAGAUGCAGACAUCAUCACUCACAUCGCUACAUGUGCUAGCCAGGACUGGCGCCAGGUUAAUUCACUGAUGAUGGGCGGGUUCGUUACAGCAAGCCAAGCGCAAAGGAAGUGGUAUUCGAAAGUCAUGACGAAGAUCUCAUACGGUGGUUAUAAGCUUGGCGCCAACUCGGCCAAUAUCCUCGUGCAGGAUCGUCUAACUGGUCAGAUCAACGAAGAAAAGAUGAGUGUCUAUGUGCGGCUAGGAAUUCGGUUGCUGUACAAGGGCUUGAAGUCGAAGGAUAUGGAGAACAAGCGGAUUCGCAAGCUGCUGAAGAGUUUGAGCAUCAAGCAGGGCAAGAAAUACGAUGACCCCGCAUCGAAAUCUCAGAUCUUACCAUUCAUCGAUUUCCACCAGUUGGAUAUGUCCGAAGUCCUUCGGCCCGUUGAGGAAUUUAAGAACUUCAACGAAUUCUUCUAUCGUGCGCUCAAGCCGAAUGCUCGGCCGUGCUCGGCCCCGGAUAAUCCUCACAUCAUCGUGUCACCCGCGGACUGUCGGUCUGUUGUCUUCAACACUAUCGAUUCAGCAACUAGCAUUUGGAUCAAAGGCCGUGAGUUUUCCGUUAAGCGGCUGCUUGGCGACGCAUAUCCCGAAGAUGCCAAGCGUUACGACAAUGGCGGACUGGGUAUCUUCCGUUUAGCCCCCCAGGAUUAUCACCGGUUUCAUAUCCCCGUCGACGGUAUACUACGCGAGCCAAAGCUCAUUGCGGGCGAGUAUUACACUGUCAACCCAAUGGCUAUCCGAUCGGCGUUAGAUGUAUAUGGGGAAAAUGUCCGUGUCCUCUGCCCUAUCGAUACUGAACUAUUCGGUCGGGUAAUGGUGAUCUGCGUUGGUGCCAUGAUGGUUGGUAGCACAGUAAUCACUCGAAAGGAGGGAGAGCAAGUGAAACGAGCCGAGGAGCUUGGGUACUUCAAAUUUGGAGGCAGCACCAUCGUCACAUUGUUUGAACCUGGAAAGAUGGUUUUCGACGCUGACCUGGUCGACAACUCGACCAGUGCGCUGGAAACACUGAUCCGAGCGGGCAUGUCGGUCGGUCAUUCCCCGCAGGUGCCACAAUUUGCGCCAGAUAUGCGCAAGGAUGAGAAAGAUGUCACAGAGGCGGAAAAGGCGGAAGCUCACCGUCGCAUCCGUGGUGGCGUCGAGACCGCAGAUGAGGGGAACCUGCACUAAUGAGAAACUGGUGGCGGGGUCAAGAGAUACAUUCAUGAAUUGCAUUCUAACGGCGUUGUACCAUUGAAAGCGACGACUUUUCAAGGAGAAUAGGAUUCUUGACGAGGUGGAUAGAUGAGGUUUUUCAAGCAUAAGACCAGGAAGUCAAUUGCAUCUCUAUCAACACGAUAGAUAUAGUUAUCAAACUAGGGAUCUAGGUGAGCAGGCGGUAUUAGUGUUUUGACCUUCUUUGACAUGGGAGAGGGGU